UGUAGACUGGUGGUGCUGAAAGGGCAGCCUGCAGAAAUGUGGUCGGUGUUCUUCGUUUUUUUGUCUUACUUGGACAGGAACUUCGUAAAGUGCGAUUUUUUGCGCCAGUCGGUGGACGCAGAGAAAGAUGAAAUAUUUUACAUGUUAAAUAGCACUUUUUGUACCCAAAUGUCCAGAUUUGGGGAUAACUACAUUCAUCAGGUAUCAGACGGCGUUGAGGAGGUCCGUUUGAUGUACGAUCUUGUGGGUAAUUUGGUGGACUGUUCUGAGACAGGCAAGCAUAUUCAGGUGAAGUCGUUCAUGUAUGUUUGCCGGGUGGGUUUUAAGGAACAGAGAGUUAAACCGGGGUAUUCAGUGAAGAAUUUGGUCGACAUGACCGAGGCUAAAUCCACCUGUCAAGCUUUCCGGGAGAGAUCACAGCUUACGAAAAAAACUACAAAAGCACCGAUCACCCGAGGUCCACUGACGGUAGACGAACAGAGGAACGGAAAUCCUGCAUCGGAGGGGAGCAGCGAAGUUCUGCACCGGUCAAAGCGGGGCUUCACUUACCCCGGGACGCUCUGGUGUGGCGCUGGUAAUAUCGCUGAUCAUUAUGAUCAUUUGGGCGAAUUCGCACAGACGGACAGCUGUUGCCGCGUGCACGACCAUUGCCCCCACGUCAUCCAUCCAUUCUCCUCCAAGUUCGGCUACACCAACUUUAAGUGGCACAGCAUCUGCCACUGCGACUGCGAUAACCAAUUGAAGGCUUGUCUGAGGAAGGUGAAUGACACUUCCUCCAGGGUGGUGGGACAGGCGUUUUUCAACGUCAUCGAGGUACCCUGCUUUGAGUUUGGGUACGAGGAGCAAUGUGUGGACCGCCACUGGUAUGGAGUGUGUAAAAAGUACGACAAGGUCCAGGUUGCUGUGCUCAAAGAGUCGGUACCGUACGACUUUGGAAACAUUGACGUUAUUGAUCAGCUCACUAUUGCUCCUCGGGUGCAGAAAAUACCGAUCAGAGAAGAGGGAGAGGUGACGGAGAGCGCACAGCAGCGUGCCUCCUUCAGCUCUCAGACCACCCCCAGCCCCGGGGAGCCGUCCCUCGGGAACGUGGUCUCGGCAGCCGAGGACUUCAUCAAAGUGCUGGCCACUGUCUCCUCCUCCCACAGCUCCUCCUGCUCGGACACCUCCGGAGGGGACGCGCAGGGCGCCGACAGGAAGAAGAAAAAUAAAACCGGCAAAAAGAAGAAGAACCAAAGAAGAAAGGGCAAGGGUAAAGGUAAGGGGAGGAAAAGAAAGCAAAUGGUUAAAAUGGUAAAGCAGCUCCAAACUGAGGAGGCCGCCGCAACUUCCUGUCACAGAGCAGAAGGUGCCCUGGACAAGAGCCAUUUUGUGAACAACCCCGUUGAACUGAAUCAUAAACAGGAGAGCAAUUUGAACAACCCUGUUCAACUGAGACAUGAACACGAGAGCAAUGUGAACAACCCUGUUCAACUGAGUUAUGAACAGGAGAGCAAUAUGAACAACCCUGUUCAACUGAGUCAUGAACAGGAGAGCAAUAUGAACAACCCUGUUCAACUGAGUCAUAAACAGGAGAGCAAUGUGAACAACCCUGUUCAACUGAGUCACGAACAGGAGAGCAAUAUGAACAACUUCAUGCACAGGGUUAUGGAUCUGGAGGGAAAAGAGGAUAUUUCUGUUAAUGUUAUUACACUGGAAAGAGUGAUAGACAGCAGCUCUAGUACCACAGAUAAUUUAAACACAGCUGUCACAGAGGUGAUGUCUCAGGUUAUGAAGGCCCACCCAGAGGUGAUGUCUCAGGUUAUGGAGGCCCACCCAGAGGUGAUGUCUCAGGUUAUGGAGGCCCACCCAGAGGUGAUGUCUCAGGUUAUGGAGGCCCACCCAGAGGUGAUGUCUCAGGUUAUGGAGGCCCACCCAGAGGUGAUGUCUCAGGUUAUGGAGGCCCACCCAGAGGUGAUGUCUCAGGUUAUGGAGGCCCACCCAGAGGUGAUGUCUCAGGUUGUGGAGGCCCACCCAGAGGUGAUGCCUCCCAGCACAGCAGUUAGUGCAUCCACUGUGCCUCCGCUCAGAAAAGCAAAGAGACUGAGGUCACAAGCAAGGCGAGGCAAUAAGAAAAGGAGAAAAAUCACGGCCGUUGUUUCCGUGAAUGCGGUCACUCUUGUCGACGAGGUCAAAGGCGACCCUCGGCGAGCGGCAGAUGGAAACGCUGUCUCCAAAGUCACCGCGUCCGUGGCCCCUCAGGACCUCGAGCUCCGACAGUCAGAAACCCCGACCGAAACGCUUUCUGUCACCCCCGUCACCACGGCCGGCGCGCCUGCUCUUCCUCGCCCCGACGCCACGAGCCAGAAGUCGAGAGAUAAAGGCAGAGGAAAGAAGAGGAGGAAAGUGGCUUCCUCUCGCGCCGGACUCGUGGUCCCCAUUCAGCGGGUUGCGCGAUAGGACCUUAGCGCGUGAUCAUGUUUUAGAUGGCUGAGUCAGCUCUUUAAUUUACCAUGAUACACACGUUAUUUCAUGUUUAAAGUGGUCGUAGUUUUCUGCCUUUCAAUAUGAUGUACUGUGCAUGAAAAAAAUAGUUUUAUCAAAUUUGUUGAACAUCUUGAAUACAUAAUAAAAUAAAAAAUAUUGUAUAAUAAAAAAAUAUGUAUUGAUACUUUAAUAGUGACUUUGUAAACGUAAUUUACUGACUGCAGACUACUUACUCAAUAAAGGUCACAAUAUCACAACUCUUUUCUUGUAAGAAUUUUGAAGCUAAGUUUAUAACCAUGGCGAUAGUAUCAGGUAAGGUGUCAAUACAUGUUCAACUUUCAAAUUAACCACAUGGGUGACCUAAUUAGCUAAUAGUUACUGGAAGGUGAUUUUGGCACUCAAUUAUCAGUGUUAAUGCUGCUAGCCCUUGAUGGUCAUACAUUUAUACAGAUAGCAAAUUGGCUUCAAACUGUACAUUGGGUGCAUCACAGAACAUAUUGAAAGGCAAAAUAUUACACUAAGAAUUUGGGUCAACUAUCACAUAGGUUUUUUUGGGGGGAAAUCAACAUCACAAGUCACAAGUCAUUCUCAAAUAUUGACUGACUGCAGAGACGACAGGCUUAUGCACUCAGAGACUAAUGGCAAAAAAAAAAACUGUCAUUAGUCUAAAAAAAAGAAUGUUACUGGAAAGGAGGCGUUCUCAUGACAAUAUAUUUUAACAGCAGUUGCAGCUUAUUAAUAAAGAUUAAUGUUGGGCAGAGCUGGAGGCCACAGGGCUUGCCGUUUCAAAGUGAGAGCAGUAGACGCUUGCUAACUGCAUACUAACCAUGGGACCAGUGCAAAUCCCAAAACAAGAACCAUCUUGCUUACAUUACUGGAAACAAUGGCUGCUAUACUGUAUACGGAAAAGCAAAGCAUCGUGAGCAUUUCCAUAAAAAUAAAGAAAUGUGCAUACCAUAACUCUCCAUGUACCUUCCAGGAGGGCUUAAAGCUUUGUGUGCAACAGGGUCACAUUCUUAAAAGUGGAUAAUCCGCACUCUGCACUGCCCACACCUUCCAGUGUGAAACCAGGCCAGGAACACCCUUCACGGUGACCCAGAAUCCCAGAUCAGCUGACUCUCACAUGGUCCCACACAAAGGAAUGGAAUUCUGCCUGGAAAUUUACAUGCGUGCUUAAAGAGGUGCUACAUAGCAAAUGAGAUCAGGGGCAUGCUUUAGGACAACAUGAUACUGGCGGUUGAUUUGCCAGGAGCUAAAAAUCUGUGAUUUAUCAUCUGUACGACUAUCUCGCUAACUCUGCAAACGCUUAUGAGAAGUAAUAAAGGUGCCAACUGAUA